GGAUCGCGCGGAUGGCGGCGCUGGCGGCCCUGGCCAAGAAGGUGUGGAGCGCSCGGCGGCUGCUGGUGCUGCUGCUCACGCCGCUGGCGCUGCUGCCGGUGGUCUUCGCCCUGCCGCCCAAGGAGGGCCGCUGCCUGUUCGUCAUCCUGCUCAUGGCCGUCUACUGGUGCACYGAGGCCCUGCCCCUGUCAGUGACAGCGCUGCUGCCCAUCGUCCUCUUCCCCUUCCUGGGCAUCCUGCCCUCCAGCAAGGUCUGCCCCCAGUACUUCCUCGACACCAACUUCCUCUUYCUCAGCGGUCUCAUCAUGGCCACCGCCAUCGAGGAGUGGAACCUGCACCGGAGGAUCGCCCUCAAGGUCCUGAUGCUCGUGGGAGUCCAGCCGGCCAGGCUCAUUCUGGGGAUGAUGGUGACCACCUCGUUCCUGUCCAUGUGGCUCAGCAACACCGCCUCCACGGCCAUGAUGCUGCCCAUUGCCAGCGCCAUCCUGAAGAGUCUCUUUGGCCAGAAGGAGGCUCAGAAGGAGCUCAGCUGGGAAGGUGAUGAGAACACAGCUGCCRUGCGGAGGAGCGGCCUGCCCGCAGUGCCCACGGAGAUGCGCUUUCUGGCCAGCACCGAAGAAGGCCACCCUGACGAGGUGGAGGCCCCGCAGGAUCUGCCGGCUGACUCCAAGAAGGAGGAGGAAUAUCGCAGGAACAUCUGGAAGGGCUUCCUCAUCUCCAUCCCCUACUCGGCCAGCAUCGGGGGCACCGCCACCCUCACGGGCACAGCCCCCAACCUCAUCCUGCUGGGCCAGCUCAAGAGCUUCUUUCCGCAGUGCGACGUGGUGAAUUUCGGCUCCUGGUUCAUCUUCGCGCUGCCGCUCAUGCUGCUGUUCCUGCUGGCCGGCUGGCUCUGGAUCUCCUUCCUGUAUGGGGGCCUGAGUCUGAGGGGCUGGAGAAACAGGAAAUCCAAGCUGAGAGUGGACGCAGAGGAGAAGGCGCGAGCUGUGAUUCGGGAAGAAUUCCAGAACCUGGGUCCCAUCAAGUUCGCGGAACAGGCCGUUUUCAUCCUGUUCUGCAUGUUCGCCAUCCUCCUCUUCUCCCGGGACCCGAAGUUCAUCCCUGGCUGGGCCAGCCUCUUCCCCGCCGGGUUUGUGUCGGAUGCUGUCACCAGCGUGGCCAUUGUCAUCGUCUUGUUCUUCUUCCCGUCCCAGAGGCCCUCCCUCAAGUGGUGGUUUGACCUCAAAGCUCCCAACACGGACACGGAGCCCCUGCUGACCUGGAGGAAGGCCCAGGAGACGGUGCCCUGGAACGUCAUCCUCCUGCUGGGCGGGGGCUUCGCCAUGGCCAAGGGCUGCGAGGAGUCGGGGCUGUCGGCGUGGAUCGGGGGGCAGCUGCACCCGCUGCAGAACGUGCCCCCGGUGCUGGCCGUGCUGCUCGUCACCGUGGUCAUCGCCUUCUUCACCGAGUUCGCCAGCAACACGGCCACCAUCGUCAUCUUCCUGCCCAUCCUGGCGGAGCUGGCCAUCCGCCUGAGAGUGAACCCGCUGUACCUGAUGAUCCCGGGCACGGUCGGCUGCUCCUACGCCUUCAUGCUCCCCGUCUCCACGCCCCCCAACUCAAUCGCCUUCGCCUCCGGACACCUGCUGGUCAAAGACAUGGUCCGGACAGGUCUCCUGAUGAAUGUGAUGGGCGUCCUGCUGCUCAGCUUGGCCAUGAACACCUGGGCCCAGAGCAUCUUCCAGCUGGGCACCUUCCCAGACUGGGCCCACAGCCACUCAGCCAACAUCACAGAACCACUCACCUUGACCAACGACACAUUUCAGACCCUCUGAGCCUUCCUGGGGGUUUCCCUGUGGGCUGGGCCCUCCCAGAGGACUGUCACUAUCACUUGCUGCUAGGACCCUGCAGGAUGAUCCAGCAGUUCUUUGUUGUCAUCCCGGAUAACCUCCAGUGGUCCACUGGGGCCCACUGGUUCCUCUCUCAUGCGGUUCAAGGCCCCAGACCUCCCAGGUCUGCGCCUGAGGGCAAGCUCUGGGAGCGUUCUGAGGCGGGAUGCAAACAGCCCACUUUAGCCACCUAACAGAUCUAGAAUGGGGUUUGUCCUGUACGCUGGGGCGAGAGGCUCCCAUGCCCUGGAGCGCAGCCAGCCUCCUCCCCAGUGGGCCGCUGGGGGCCUCUCUGGAGAGACAGUCUCCUCUCCGCGGUUCCCAGAGAGGCUUUGGGGCUGCGCAGUUCUAGGCCCGAUGCUUCCUGACUGGGGUUCUGCCCCCUGGGGCCUGGUCUGGGACCGCUGUGUGGCUGCCACCCUGGGACACCCUCCAGUGCCUGGAGACGGGAGGAACGGAGGGGCCUGGGCAGGGUCCCCUUGCUGUUUCUCCCAGCACAGCCGGGKCUGGGGAGCCCAGCCGCCACGGCUCCCAGGAGCUCUGCUUCUCCUCCUGGAAUCCUUCAGUUGGGCCCUCAUCUGGGGUCAGGCCAAGCAGGGGCCCUGCCCUCUCACAGGUGACCAUGGCCCCGCCAGCCAAGACCCUCCUGCAGGUGGCCCACGGGCCUCUGUGGCAGGGGUCAUCACCCAUUUCUUGUCCCAGGAACUGGUUGUCAUCUCCCCUCCCUCCCUGCCCCGCCCCUCCCGGGUGGUGAGUGUGUUCAUUCAGCAAAGAUCGCAUCUGGGUGGGGGAGAGAGUCUAAGGAAUAAUCAGGGCCUCGUGGGUGGCCUGGGGGUGGUCUCAGGCAGGUACCUGGGGAGAGGGACCUUCCAGAGCAGGUGGCGGGGCUGGGCAGGCUUCCCCAGAGGCAGCCCCUGAGCAGCGGGUGCUUGGCCAGCAGACACCCAGGGAGGGCAAGGAGGGAGGUGCAUCGAAGCCGCAGAGGGCGGAACCUCCCGCUUCCCCUUCCUGCUCCCUGAGCAGGCUCCCUGCAGCGCCGGGGACACAGGGCUCCGAGUACACAGCUCAGUGCGUCAGAGGUGUUUCCCCGGGGGCAGGGCGGAGGCCCCUCAGAGCUGCAGACUGGGUUCCACUUCCUUCCUGGGAGCAGUCAGUGUGAACUACAGCUUCAGCCCACUGGGGUUGGGUGGCCCUGAUCCCUAACGUGGGACAGUGAGAGGCUCAUGCACAGAGAAACCCAUGGACUUGUCACCAGAGGAAUCAUGACUCAAAUACUUCUGAUC